AUGCCUUCCAGUUCCAGGCAGCCUAUUGGCAGCGCCGGCUCCUUUCAGGCAUUUUUUGAAGACUGGCUGGUCCGCCAACAACGAUUUCUUGAUGAGCUCCUAUCAGCGCAAGAAUCCUCCUCCUCCACCACCACCACCAGUAGGUUUGACGACACUGAUGUUGUCGGGGAUCUCAUUGCUCGAGUUCUGGCCCACUAUCAAGAAUACUAUGAUGAAAAAUCCAGGAUGGCCCACAGAAACGUUUUUCUUGCAUUCUCUCCGACCUGGUUUACUCCCCUGGAAAGAACUUUCCUUUGGAUUGCGGGGUUCAAGCCCGGAUUAGUGUGCCGUCUGGCUCUUAGCUCCUUGGACGAUCUGACGGAGGAUCAAAUCCACAGAAUCAAUGGACUGAGCCGGGAGACGAAUUGGCAAGAGAAAUCGUUGGAUCAAAAGAUGGCCAAGAUCCAGGAGAGCGUGGCUUCACCGCCGCUGGUGGACCUGGCGAGGAGGGAAGGGAUGCAAAUUCAAUCUGCUACUGGCAGCGAUAUUGAGGGGGGCAUUGAUGACGUGGACAAUCAGAUAGAGCCUCUAAAAUCUGCCAUGCAAAAUAUCCUGCGGGAUGCAGACGGGUUGAGGACCAGGACAGCUGAAACGAUGGCUGGAAUACUAUCUCCCCUUCAAAAUGUAAGGUUCUUGUCAGCGGCUGCUCGGCUGCAGUUUAGGAUUCGGAUGCUCGGCUUCCAGAGAGAGGCAGAUAGGCAGCGCGGUUCCACAACUAAUGGCUGGUAG